AUGAGUGAGAAACAACGUGAAUUAAUUGCUAGAACACAUGAAAAAUUUGGUACAUGUUUAACUGCUGAACGAUUAAAAGAUGAUUUUCAGAAAUUAGGCAUCUUACCUGGCAUGACCUUAUUAGUUCAUUGUUCCUUAUCGAAAAUUGGUUGGAUUUCUGGUGGUUCUGUGACUGUCAUACAAGUAUUAUUGGAUUUAUUAGGUCCUGAUGGAACUCUUAUUAUGCCAUCUCAUACUUCUGAUAAUUCAGAUCCUAAACGUUGGGUUUAUCCAUCAGUACCACCGGAAUGGUUUGAUGUUAUUCGUCAAACGAUGCCAGGUUAUCAAUCUGAUAUAACACCAACAUUUCAUAUGGGCCAAUUAUCUGAAACAUUUCGUCAUUGGCCCGGUGUUUUACGUAGUCAACAUCCAAAAUAUUCAGUGAUUGCUCUUGGUAAAAAAGCAAAAUUAAUCACUAGUAAUCAUUAUGAAUCAUGUGGUGAACAAUCUCCAUUGGCUCGUUUAUAUGAUUGUACUGAUGAUGGUUAUAUUUUAUUAUUAGGAGUGCAACAUAAGAAUAAUUCAUCAAUACAUUUAGCAGAAUAUCGUUAUCAAACCAAUGAUAAUACGGAAAAACGUUUUCUCGAUAGUGCAUCAAUAAUAAAUCCAGAAACAAAUAUGCGUCAAUGGAUAGAAUGGUUUGAUUUUGAUUAUAGUACAAAUGAUUUUAAUGAUGUUGGAUAUGCAUUUGAAUCAAUUGAAGGAAAUGUUAAAAUAGGAAAUGUUGGAUUGGCUGAAAGUAGAUUCAUAAAACAACAUUUAUUAGUCGAUUUUGCUGUUGAUUGGAUGGCUAAAAAUAGACGUAAACAAUAG